AUGGAGUUGCCCUCCAAAACAUUCCCUGCACCCGUGGUUGGAGAGGAUGAAGACCAGCCUGGAUUCUGGGCAUACAGUGCUCUCAAUAACCCAUGGCCUCGCGGGCGACGAGUUCGUGAACGCCCGGGGACUUUGCUACAUACACUGCGAACCGCACCACUUCGUCGUGAGCCAGGCUUACGUACUCUGAAAAAUGGGGAGGAUUUCUAUUAUACCGUCGGUACCAAGACCGCGAAUAUUGAAGCUCUGCUGGUACAAUCGGUUGGGGAAAGAAUUGAUAUUGGGGAAGCAUGCGAUUUUUGCCAACGAUCUCAAGGGCCAUUCACUUCAUGCGUUAUUGCAGCUGACCUUCGACACCUGCGACCAACAUGCGCAAACUGCCAUUGGGGAUCGAAGGGAAAGCAGUGUAGCUUCAUUGCACAGCCCCCUAUUGCUCAUACAUCAAUCCAGCAAACCGCCACGCCCGAGAUACCCAAGACGCUCAAGGAGCUAGAUGAGACACUGGCAAAGGAGAUCCUUGCUCGGGACUCGGUGAUGGCGGUGCUGCACGACUAUGAUCGGCGAAUCGAAGAACUUUUAGCCACAAAGGCUACUAUGCAGGCUAGUGAACAGCGGGAGAACACUGCUAGUGCCAAUCUUCAUAAUUAG